AUGGCGAACGGAGAGUUCUUCAUCUGCGAGGGCACGAUCGACUGCACGGCUCGUGUCGUGGACGUUACCGGGCCGGUGCACCGAACGAACAUCGUCGCGGCGAAGGGCAAAAGUGUGGUGCUGAUUCGAGAUGAGGCCGGCGUCGUGCUGCUUUCGCAUCCGAUUCGCUGGCAGUCCGCGGGCAAUGUCAUCGAAUUGUUCCAUGUGUCGAACUUUCUCGCUAAUUCCGUCGGCGACAAGUACACCAUAACGCUGCAGAGCAGGGAAUUUUUUGAUGGUAAAAACAUUGUCGUAUUAUGGCGUCAAACAUUUGUAUAG